AGCCUUCUCCCGUGAGACAAGAUGCUGCCUCCCAUGACCACUGUUGCUUGGCUGGUGCUCUCCUGCCUGGUGCUCCAAGCCCAGGUAAAAGGGGAAGACCUGCAGAAUGAAGAGCUGUCUCCACGAGCCAGGUGCCCCAAAGGCUCCAAUGCCUAUGGCAACCACUGUUAUGCUUUCUUUAAGACAGCAAAAUCCUGGAUGGAUGCGGAUUCGGAAUGCCAGAAACGUCGCAAUGGACACCUCGUGUCUGUGUCCACUCAGUCUGAGGGCUACUUCGUGGGCUCCCUCAUCAAGAACAGUGGGACAGCACCCUCUCUUGUCUGGAUUGGACUCCAUGACAACACAGAGACUAAACCCAAUGCAGGUGGAUGGGAGUGGAGUAAUGGCGAUGUGUUGAACUAUGAGGCCUGGGAGAAAGGAGUCCCUACCAAUUCCGGGUACUGUGGGGCCGUUCUAAGCCACACAGGCUAUGAAAAAUGGCAAAAUUAUGACUGUCUGUUUGUACUGCCAUACGUCUGCAAGUUUGAGAGCUAA